CGGAGGAGGGACUUGAACUAGUUCUUAAUGGUCAAUAUGCCUUCAUCAAAGAGAAAUCUUAUCUAGACGUAAAAAUGUCUGAAGAUUACAAAAAAACCAAUUCCUGCAGAAUGCAUCUAGCUAAAGAAGAAUUCUUUAAGGUGGGAUUUGGAAUAGCAUUACAGAAAAACUCUCCUUACCUAAGAUUCUUCAACAUGGACGUUGCAAUAAAUUCGUCCUCGGAAGAUGAAUUUUCUGUCUUUGAAGGCUUCGUUGGAUACUGCACACGAAGAUACAAAAUGGGUUUGCUGCACUGUGUAGAAGAGAAUUUCGGAAUGAGAGAAAAGCUCAUAAAUGCCUGGGUUCACUGCUUGGCUAAUAUGGAGAUGGAAAUCACCAACAUCGAGGAAGCAGCCAAUGCAAUCUGCGUACCAAAUCCAAGAUUUCAGAAUCCAAGAAUAUUCACCACUUGCGUCAUGGAAAAGACAGAGACAACGAAAUGGUUUUGGUACGAACUUGGAAUUGUGAUGAAGGAAUGUUUGACCAUGGAUAACUACAGCCACGAGAACUGGACCCGCGUUCAUUACUGAAUAAAGGGUUCUGACGGAAUUAUCGAAACGGAAAACAACAAUUAAUAUUACACAUUUUUUUCCAGAUACGAGUGUUGGUGUUGCUUUAUCAGUUUAUGAUACCUUUAUAUGACCUAUUCACUUUUAAUCUCCGGAAAUUUAUGGAUGCACCAAAAGCACAAAACAUAAUAUAAUUUUGGUAUUUUUUGUUGCUUACGAUUAAACUUAUCAAGUAACAAAGUUAGUGUAACAUGAUAGAAUCUAAAAAAUUCUAACAACUUGUCACAGAUGAGAACAUGUUAUAGUUCGCAAAACUUACCUCUGUGUGAGGGUUCUUAAUGUUGCUAAAAGAAAAGUUAUUUUAUCCAAUUAGUUUUACUAAUAAAAGUUAAUUAAGUGAUUUGAAAAUUUUACUU